AUAUAUCUGUCCCCUUCCCACUUCCACGAGUCCUUUCCUAAGUCCAGUCCCCAUGUCCAGGAGGGCAGGGGGCCGAUGUGGCAAUAGGAAGAGCGAUACAAAACGCACAAGUGAGCGGCCCCCCGUGAAGUCGCCCUGUGUCGCGUCGCGUGGGGUCCUUCCUAUCGCGGCAACCGCCGGCGACGGAGCGAACAACGGCAUAGUGGAAUCGUUCAAAGAAGGUUCUAUCCAUCCAUCCAUCCAUCCCCACUAGAUCCAACAUGGAGGUGCUGUCGAGGAACCCUUACGACCUCCUGGACGACGAGGGUGGCGACGCCCCCGUCGCAAAGGCUUCGCCUGCCAAAAAGGACGACAAGAAGGCUGCUCCCGCUGCGGCCAAGAAGGACGCUGCUCCCAAGAAGCAGACUGAGAGGGCUCCUCGCAACGAGUACCCCCGUCGUGGUGGAGCUGCUGGCGCUCCCCGUGGUGGUGCUGAUGUUGCUCGCCCGCCUCGUCAGAACCGCGACGGCGGUGACUUUGAGACUCCCCGUGAACAGCGCGUCGCCGAUGGUGAACGCCGUGAGCGCGGUGGAUUCCGUGGUGGUCGUGGAGGCCGGGGCGGCAGCCGUGGUGGCUUCCGUGGUCGCGAAUUCGACCGUCACUCUGGAUCCGGACGCACCGAUGGUGUCAAGAAGGAAGUUGCCGGUGCUGGCUCUUGGGGAAACCCCUUGACCGCCGAGGAGGAGGCUAAGGUCGAUGUCGAGCCCGUCGAAGGUGCCGAGAAGAAGGAAGGUGCCGAGACGCCGGUUGAGGAGGAGACACCCAGGGAGCCCGAACCCGAAGAGUCGUACAAGACGCUCGAGCAAUUCCUUGCCGAGAGGACCAAGCCCGCCACCGAGGCCAAGGUGAGGAAGGCCAACGAAGGUGCGGACGAUGCUCAAUGGAAGAACGCCGUCCCUCUCAAGAAGGAGGAGGAUGAGGAGUUGUUCGCCGAUCUCCUCAAGGUGAAGAAGGCCAAAGCCGCCGCCGCCAAGGAAAAGGCACAAAAGACCUUUGUCAACAUCGACCAGCGUUUCGCCGACGAAGGCCGCAACACCUUCAGCCCCCGCGGCGGCCGUGGCGGAAACCGUGGCGGCGAGUUCCGCGGUGGACGCGGUGGAAGUGACAGGAAUGGUGGUGCUGGCGGCCGCGGUGGCCGUGGCGGUCGUCAGUCCGGUGCCGGUUCGUCCGUGAGCAUCGAGGACCAGAACGCCUUCCCAUCCCUCAAGUAAAUUUAGCACCCUCACCACAAAGAGGAACCGGUUUAUAUAUCGAACAAUCACCCCCGCACUCUUUAUCACCUUUAUCACCUCCCACGUGUGCGCGAGCAUCCCAAAAUAUAGGGUCUUUGAGAACCAUCCAUCAGACUCUUUUUGUGAAAUUCGCACCACCCCACACACACCACCCCGGGAACAACCCCCUUUGCAUCGAGUCGUAUCUUAUCUACCCUCUCGGCAAUGAAAAGAAAACAAAUAUAGGGAAAUCACCAGACUUUGAAA